AUGGUCUAGUGGUUACAAUCAAAAGUAAGGAGAAGAAGUUGGUUUUAGUCAAUAGGUAAAAAGUCAAGUUUUGUAUGUACAUUUGAAAUUGAGGGACCAUUCAAAUUAAUUUAGACAUCUACGAAUUCACCAUAGAAAUACGAACUUGGUAUGAAGACUGAAAUUGCUAAAACAUUCAAUUUAGUAACUGAUUCCCAUGUGGAAUUGCUUGUGAAGUUUGACGGUUAUCAGCCUAAUGACCCAGUUAAUUGGCCUCUUACUUAUAAAGUGUAUCAUCAUGGAUCAAUAAAUAUCUUUUAUGCCAAUGGAGACAAACAGUCAAUUUAAUUGGAAGGGAUUCUAUUGAGACCCUUUGUCCACUUAAAUACCUCUGGGAUUGAUCAAGUUGAAGGACCUGAAGUAUUGGAUUUUGGAGAUGUUCAGGAGGAUAAAACUAUUGCUAUUUAUUUGUCCACAUUUAUCUUUAGUGCCUGCCUAAUGGAAAUUGCAGCAUUAAAAAAAUCCAUUAAGGAAAAAUAUAGUGGAACGAACUAUGACUUUGGAGGACAAGGAAGAAAUGAAGAAAACCGAUGA